CCGAACUUUUGUAGAAGUUUUCUGGAGACGAGGUGGGGCCGCUGGGUCUACUGCAGAGGGUCUCCUGCCUCAACGCCCCAGCCAGCGGUUUGUGUCACCCACCGAUCAGCAGGAUCUGUAUCUCACUGACACGGGGAUGAGGGCGUCCAGUUACCAGGAGGGAGAGGAGCUGGACUUCGGUCUGACGUUUGGGGAGGAGCUGGAGACGGGACAAACCGUACUGAUGGGGAGCUCAGAUCUGGAACUCCCAGAGACAAGCAAAGAUGGAGCUGAGCCCCCAUUUCCCACUUCCUCCCUCCCCAUCAGCCUCUCCCGGAUCCCCGCUCCACCUCGGGCUGGUGUGCACUCCCCACCUCCCCGUCGGGGGCCUCGGCUUGAAACUGAAACCGAGGCCUAUCCAGGCCAGCCAGCCCGGCUGGUUUCCCUUGGCAACCGCCGGCUUGUGGCCUGCCCCACCAUCCGGAUCACCCCUAUCCUGGCAGUGGGGGAAGGGGAGCCGGAGGAAGAGAGCGGGGGUUCGCCUCCGGGGACGUGGGCCAGGGGCUGGGGCCCGCCACCUCCCUCUGCGGCCCUAGACCUCCUCCGUCCCCCGCCGGAUCCCUUCACUUGCCGGGACUGGGCCCUGAGCGCCGCCUCACGGGGCUGGCUCCCUGAUGCAGCCUCACCGUCCCCUUCCGGCUCGCCCUCACCGUCCCCUUCACCCUCCCCCUCCGCCUCACCCUCUCCGCCCUCCUGGGGCUCAGCCUCCCGCCUCUCUGAGGAGGCAGAGGCUGAGCUGAGUGAGGCUGCCUGGCGGGCCUCGCUGGCUUCCCCCACCACCCCACCAUCACCUCUCCCGCUCGCCCACCGCUGCCGUCCCUCCCUGUCCCCCUCCUCUUCUUCCUCCUCCUCACCCUGCCCCUCCCCCGGGCCCCCCCUCGGUUCUCCGGCCGGCAAGAGGCGCCUCGCCAGGAGCGAGGAGGCGCCCGGCGCCUCGCCCCCACACUCACGCUGGGGAGGGGGCUCCAGCAACGAGAAUCUCCAUUCCUCCUCCUCCUCCUCUCCCCGGGGCAGCAGCCCCUCCUCACCGCCGACCGAAUCCUCCAGCCGUACCCAGGUACCCACCAAGUCCCGUCGCACCAGCCAGCAGCCCAGGCCGGAUGGACCCUCCGCCCAGCGGCGCCCGUCCCGCGAGGAGGCCUGGCCCAUGGAGUACCUUGCCGUUCCAGCGCCCUUCGGAUGGGGCAGCGAGGUGCGGAUGCUGGGACGCAGCCCCGUCUUCCGGGCCUGUGCUCUCCCUCCUCUGGACUGGCCGCUGCCGAGCCACUUCAACCAGCUGGAGCUGAAAAUGCUGCUGCAGCCCAAGCCUCACCACCGGGCACACUACGAGACGGAAGGUAGCCGCGGAGCGGUCAAGGCCCUGGCCGCGGGUCACCCUGUCAUCAAGCUGCAGGGGUAUGCGGAGCAGCCCCUUACUCUCCAGAUGUUCAUUGGCACAGCGGAUGACCGGAAUCUCAGGCCCCACGCCUUCUACCAGAUCCAUCGGAUCAGUGGGAAGAUGGUCACCACCUCCAGCCAGGAAGCACUGGUCAACACAACCAAGAUCCUGGAGGUGCCUCUCCUCCCCGAAAACAACAUGACGGCCAAUAUAGAUUGCGCGGGGAUCCUGAAGCUUCGGAAUUCUGACAUUGAGCUGCGGAAGGGCGAGACAGACAUCGGCAGGAAGAACACCCGUGUGCGUCUGGUCUUUCGUGUCCACAUUCCACAGUCUGGAGGCAAGGUCGUCUCGUUGCAGGUGUCCUCCGUCCCAAUUGAGUGCUCUCAGCGAUCGGCUCACGAGCUGCCCCAGGUGGGGAGCUACAACACGAUGUCCUGCCCAGUGUCGGGGGGAGAGAGGCUGGUCAUCACCGGCUGCAACUUUCUGCCUACCUCCAGGGUCAUCUUCACCGAGAAAGGGCCAGAUGGACGAAUGCGCUGGGAGGUAGAGGCCAAGAUCGACAGUGCAGAGACCACAGAGAGCAACAUCGUGGCCGAGGUUCCGCCUUACCACAACCAGUCCCUCACCAGCACUGCACACGUCUGUUUCCUGGUCUGUAAUGGCAGAAGGAAGAGGAGCCCUCCCCAGAGUUUUUGCUAUGUCCCGGUGUAUGUCAAAGAAGAGUCGUCCCAGGACCUGCAGACGGGACAUAGUUCGGCAACCCCCCCUUCUACCCGGCUCGCCUCUGGCCCGAACUCCCCACCUUUCCCAGGUUUCCUGUCCCCCGAGGGGCUUACUGAGAGUCGCCCCCUCCUGGUACCCUCUGGGAUCCUGUGCUCCAGGGGUCUCCACUCCAGCCUGGCCAAAGACAAUGAAGUCCUGAGGAGAGGUGACCCUAGCCUUCCCUUCACCUGUCCUAGCUACGGGCAACUGUUGGCCCCACCCAACCAAUUGCCUCAGACCAGCCAGAGUAAGUCAUUAACCCAACACAACCAAGGGCACCCAUUGGCUCACAAUGACCAGAGCCAACAGUUGACCCAAACCAACCAAGGGCUCACAUUGGCUUCCAAUGACCAGAGCCAACAGAUGACCCAACCCAACCAAGGACACUCAUUUUGUUGCAGUGACCAAUGUCAACCAUUGAUCCAACCCAACCAAGAGCACCUGUUCAAUACUGGUGAACAGUGCCAACCAUUGACCCAAGUGCACCAAGUGACCCACACCAGUCACGGUCAACCAUUGAACCAACCCAGCCAAAGGCACCCAUUGGCUCCUGGUGAGCAAAGCCAGCUGCUAACCCAAACCUACCAGGGGGACCAAUUGACCCAGCCAAAUCAAGAACAGCGAGUGGUUCACACCACCCACAGCCAACCAUGGACCCAACCCAACCGAGAGCACCAACUGGUCACUGGUGACCACUGCCAGCCACUAACCCGGCAGCACCAAGGGCACCCAUUGCCUCUUGAGCUCCCCUUCUUACCGAUGACCCAGCCCAGUCGAGCUCACCACAUGGCUAUCGAUGACCAAUGCCAGCCGCAGGCCCAGCACAACCCUGGGCCCCGAUUGGAGAACCUCAACCAUAGUCAUCCGUUGAGCCGACCCAACCAAGAGAUGCCAUUAGCGACCAAUCACCAAUGCCCGUUGCUAGCCCGAUCCCAUCAAGGACACACAUCUGCUCACACCAUCGCCGGUAGACUGGUAACUCGAGCCCCCCACGGGCACCCUCUCACCCAGAUCGGCACAAUACGUCCCGUACCCGCCGGCUUCGCGCGACCUGGCCAGGGUCCGCUCUCGACCAGUCCCCAGACAGGUACCCACGGCUGUGAAGCGCCGCAAACUCUAGCCGACCAACCGCGUCCAGGAAGCCGCUGCCCGUCCCACCCAAGACUCCCCCCCUUGGUCUCCCACUCCCCUCUCACGUACUCCCCACACCGGGCUCCGGAGACUGGCGGACAGGCGACCGCCCACCCCCUCGCGAUCGAGGCGCGAGGGUGUCCGGGAUCUCGCGACCCGACCACUGGCUGCCGGGGAGUACCGCGGGACGCCGGAGAGAAGGGAGGGGCAGGGGAGGAGGAGGGAGAGAUCGCGGAGUGCGAGGUCUCCUUCGGCGCCAUCCCGAUCCAGGGGAUCACGCUAGACGACGUGAACGAGAUUAUCGGAUGGGACCUCUCGGACGCCCCAGAAUCCUUACGGACAAAGACACGGACGGAAGAGCCAUGACUGCGGGCGGGAUCUCCGCCAAUCGGUUCCAGAACGCCAGGGGCGUCGGGUUUGACUUUUGGGUGGAAGCGGUCCUGGCGUGAUGAGGCAUCCCGGCUCACUCCCUUGAACUUUCCGUUCCUAUAAACUUCCUUCGCCGCCACCACCAACCUCCCCCACCCAGGUGGAGUUUUUUGUGUCAUUGUGUCAGCAUAGCGGGAUCCCAAGUGCCUCUGCCGGCCUCGCAGCAGCCGGUGGGUGAGGUGGUUGUACGUCCUGGCCGUAGUAGCUAAAGUCUCCCUCCCGCAAAACCCCGAACUUUCCCACAGCCCCCUCCCUUUCCUCUUUCGCUCGCCCUCCCGCCCUCUUCUUCCUUCCUUCCUCCCCCUUCCCUCCCCGUCCUUCCCAUCCCCUUCCCCUCUUCCUCGCCCCGUCUUGUUAUGGGAGAUUUUAACAUGCUACUGGGAAAAUCAUGUUGGUACUGGACCCCAAGAAAGGGAGUUUGUGGAAUGCCUCAGAGAUGGAUUCUUAGAGCAGCUUGUAUUAGAGCCUACCAGGGAGACGGCAAUCCUGGAUUUAGUGUUGUGUAAUGAGCCAGAUUUGAUAAGGGAACUCGAGGUAAAGGAGCCAUUAGGAGGUAGUGACCAUAAUAUGAUAAGUUUUAAUCUACAAUUUGAGAGGGAGAAGGGAAGAUCGGAAGUGUCAGUAUUACAGUUGAACGAAGGGGACUAUGGACCCAUGAGGGAGGAGCUGGCCAAAGAUGACUUGAAAGAUACCCUAGCAGGGAUGAUAGUGGAACAACAAUGGCAGGUAUUUCUGGGAACAAUACAGAAGGUGCAGGAUCAGUUCAUUCCAAAGAGGAAGAUAGAUACUAAGGGAAGUAAGGGGCGACCGUGGAUGACAAGGGAAGUCAAGGACAGUAUAAAAAUAAAAGAGAGGAAGUAUAACAUAGCAAGGAUGAGCGGGAAGCCAGAGGAUUGGGAGACUUUUAAGGAGCAACAGAAGAUAAUUAAAAAGGCAAUACGGGGGGAAAAGAUGAGGUACGAAGGUAAGCUAGCCAAGAAUACGUUUGUAUAAAGGAGGAUAGUAAAAGCUUCUUUAGGUAUGUGAAGAGGAAACAAUUAGUUAAGACCAAAGUUGGGCCAUUGAAGACAGAAACGGAUGAAAUUAUUAUGGGGAACAAGGAAAUGGCAGAUGAGCUGAACAGGUACUUUGGAUCUGUCUUAACUGGGGAAGACACAAACAAUCUCCCAGAUGUAAUAGUGGCCGAAGGACCUAGGGUAACGGAGGAACUGAAGGAAAUUCGCAUUAGGCAGAAAAUGGUGUUGGAUAGACUGAUGGGACUGAAGGUUCAUUAAUCCCCAGGGCCUGAUGGUCUGCAUCCCAGGGUACUUAAGGAGGUGGCUCUAGAAAUCGUGGAUGCAUUGGUAAUCAUUUUCCAAUGUUCAACAGAUUCAGGAUCAGUUCUUGCGGACUGGAGGGUAGCUAAUGUUAUCUCACAUUUUAAGAAAGGUGGGAGAGUGAAGACAGGCAAUUAUAGACCAGUUAGUCUGACAUCAGUGGUGGGGAAGAUGUUGGAAUCAAUUAUAAAAGAUGUAAUAGCAGCACAUUUGGAUAGCAGUGGCAGGAUCGGUCCGAGUCAGCAUGGAUUUAUGAAGAGCAAAUCAUGUUUGACUAAUCUUCUGGAAUUUUUUGAGACUGUAACUAUGAAAAUGGACAUGGGAAAGUCAGUGGAUGCAGUGUACCUGACUUUCAAAAAGCCUUUGAUAAAGUCCCACAUAGGAGGUUAGUGUGCAAAAUUAGAGCAAAUGGUAUUGGGGCCAGGGUACUGACAUGGAUAGAAAAUUGGUUGGCAGACAGGAAACAAAGGUUAAUGGGUCCUUUUCAGAAUGGUAGGCAGUGACUAGUGGGGCACCGCAAGGCUCGGUGCUGGGACUGCAGCUAUUUACAAUAUAAAUGAUUUAGAUGAAGGGAUUAAAAGUAACAUUAGCAAAUUUGCAGAUGACACAAAACUGGGUGGCAGUGUGAAAUGUGAGGAGGAUGUUAUGAGAAUGCAGGGUGACUUGGACAGGUAGGGUGAGUGGGCAGAUGCAGUUUAAUGUGGAUAAAUGUGAGGUUAUCCACUUUGGUGGCAAGAACAGGAAGGCAGAUUAUUAUCUGAAUGGUGUCAAGUUAAGGAAAAGAGGAAGUACAAUGAGAUCUAGGUGUCCUUGUUCAUCAGUCACUGAAAGUAAGCAUGCAGGUACAGCAGGCAGUGAAGAAAGCUAAUGACAUGCUGGCCUUCAUAACAAGGGGAAUUGAGUAUAGGAGCAAAGAACAGGAAUUCUGCAGAUGCUGGAAAUUCAAGCAACACACAUCAAAGUUGCUGGUGAACGCAG